AUGAUCUGGAUAGUGACGGCUGCUCUAGAAUUGAUGAGCGAGCCUACCGGUGAUUGCGUCCCUGGAGUGGAGAGGGGUAAUGGCGAUCUGAUUUAUGAGAGAGUGCUAGUCGAUGAUGGAGACGCAAUAUUCCUUGACGGAGAAGAAUAUGGAGAUAUGUAUCGUGAGGAGGAAUACAUUCAGCUGGAAGACGGUAGAUUCAUUCAGGCGGAUCCGCACUCAGUCGUAACUCAGCCUUCUGUAUCAACUCAACCACAGGUAUUGCAACAAGUACGAGUUGCACCUAUUGCUCAACGAGUUGUAGUUGAUUCCACACCUCGCAUUCAAAGUCAUCACGUCAUAAACCAGCAGCCCUAUAAUCCACGUACCUCGCAAAUUCCACGAUACAAAAAUGAUCUCACAUUAUCGUCGGCUUUCGCUGAUCAGUUCAGCAUUGGUACUCCGCGUCAGCAGUCCUACGAAUUACUUGAAAAGUCAAGUCUUCUCAAUUACUCUCACUUGAACACCAGUCUGUCGAAAUCGUAUGCGUCUUCUCCUUCCGCAUCGUCAUUGUUCCAGUUGCCUUCAACUCAAACAACUUCUAAACCUAAAAAGAAGCCUCUACCCGGUCAACGAAAGCCUUGCAACUGCACGAAGUCCAUGUGCUUGAAGCUGUACUGUGACUGUUUCGCCAAUGGAGAGUUUUGCCUUGAUUGCAACUGCAAAGACUGUCACAACAACUUGGAGCACGACGCUGACCGCUCAAAAGCUAUAAAGCAAUCCUUAGAGAGGAAUCCGAACGCCUUCAAACCGAAAAUCGGAGUGAAGAGUGGCAAGGUGGAUGCGGAGAGAUUACAUCAAAAAGGAUGUCACUGCAAAAAAAGUGGUUGCCUUAAGAACUAUUGCGAAUGCUUCGAAAAAUGCGGUGUUUUUACGCUGUCGUUCUCGCUUAUUCCGAGUACAUUUGCUCGAUCAAGGGUUGCUGCAACGAGUUCUGCCUUGAUGAAUUUGGCAAAUGCUGCGUCUUCAUUAACCACUGGAUCUCCAUCAUCACCACUUUCUGAUAACGAGUCCGAAGCAGGAUCUUCCACUGCACGCCCAGAUCCACGAACGUAUCCAUGGUUUUAUAUGACGGAUGAGGUAAUCGAGGCAGCUACGUUAUGUCUUGUGGCCCAAGCAGAAGAAUCGGCAAGAUGUACCGGUGAAGCAUCUGAAACGGUGGUCGAAGAAAUGGAAAGAAUGAUGCAGCUAUCAGUUAGUGACAAAGAGUUCAUGGAGAUGGCAUUUCGAUUAGCAGAAGAGGCUCUUGAAAAUAAUGAAGUUCCUGUAGGAUGCAUUUUCGUAUGCCAUGGUAAAGAAGUGGGACGAGGCCGGAACGAGGUGAACCGCACAAAAGAUCCGACGGCUCAUGCGGAAAUGGUUGCUCUACGAAGAAUGGAAUCGAACAUUCCCAAUAUUAAGGAGAUUCUUCAUGAUUUAGUUCUCUACGUGACACUUGAACCAUGCAUAAUGUGCGCCAGCGGACUUUAUGAGUUAGGUAUAUCAAAAAUUAUAUAUGCAGCCGCCAAUGAAAGAUUCGGUGGAAUCAAAAGUGUAGGCAACAGCAGCAAAUACAAUGUGAAAGGGACAGAAAUUGAGAUAAUAGAUUCGGUUGAUCCCGAUCGAUCAGUCAAUCUUCUGAAGUCUUUCUAUGACAGGGAAAACCCAUUUGCUCCUAUAGAAAAACGGAAAAUGUCCUUCUCUAGAUUUUUACGUUUUACUCUCCCUUCAACUUCAUAUGUUAUUCGUAACCCACAACUACUGGCAUCUCCUACGGUACGGCUCCGUGUUACGCGAACAGCCUUCCAGGGCAGAGAUCCCGGGCGGCAACGAGACAUUAUGUACUAUGCUGUGAGUCUGGGAGUUGUGGCUAUUGGUGUUACGUUCGCCGCUAUUCCAGCUUACAGAAUUUUUUGUGAGAAAACAUCAUUCGGUGGUCUGACUCAGAUAGCCAAAGACUUUGAAAGGAUUGCCAAUAUGAAGAGAGUCGAGGACAGACUCAUUCGUGUACAGUUUAAUUCUGAUACGCCUUCCAGUAUGCAGUGGGAGUUUAAGCCGCAGCAACACGAGAUGUACGUCCAUCCAGGAGAGACAGCUCUUGCAUUUUAUACGGCGAAAAAUCCUACAGAUCGUCCUAUUGUUGGCAUCUCAAGCUAUAAUCUAACUCCCUUCCAAGCUGCAUAUUAUUUCAAUAAGAUUCAAUGCUUUUGUUUUGAAGAACAAAUUUUGAAUCCAGGUGAACAAGUGGAUUUGCCCGUAUUCUUCUAUAUAGAUCCGGAUUAUGCCAACGAUCCAGCUCUAGAGUACCUCGAUAAUAUCCUUCUGAGCUACACAUUUUUCGAAGCAAAGUCCGGUCUGCAGCUGCCCAGUCCAUUCGAUCCCAACAACAGGCCUAAUCAUGAGCAAUCGGGAGCUUCUCAAUCCAAAAAAACUCCACUUGGUUUGCAAAACAAGCGAGCGAAAGGUUCCCCAAACCAUAUCGACUCUGCGAAAGGACCUACUGGAGAUAGCAAUGUCAGCAUCCCUGAUUCUGUGAAGAUACCCAAAUUCAUAACAGAAUUCUACCAAUUUGCCGCUUCUCUUCGGCCAGAAGAGCCACGUUGUGAGUAG